GUCCUGGCCUGAGAAGGCGGAACUGGAGAGAUGGCUGAUGAAUACGGUGAAGGACCCAGACCCUGGAGCUCUAUUUCUCAGGCAGGUGCUUCAGAUGAACCCAGCCUAUGGAGGCUACCUACAAACAGACAAGGCGUCCCCCUGCGCUGUGCUCCUGGCGGCCGGCCGUGGCUCGCGGCUGGUGCCCUACACCGAUGCCUUGCCGACGGCCCUCAUUUCACUGGGUGGACGCUCCCUGGUGGCGCACAGCGUAGCGGCGCUGCGACGCUUGGGGGUGGAGGAUUUUUACAUUUGCCGUGGAUGGAAAGGCGAUGUUUUUGAGGAUCAUCUGGAUGAGUUGGGCCCCGGUGUCCAACUGAUCGAUUGCCUCGACUUCGCCAGCACCGGUAUGCUGGAAAGCCUCCGCUUAGCCUUGCGGCAUGUGGAGGUAGGCCGAGCCCUCUAUGUGUGCUAUGGUGACAUCAUCUUCCGGCCUUGUGUGGCUCGACAACUGCUGGAGGCCCAUGGAGACAUCCGGGUGGUGGUGAAUGCCGCUGCACCUGGGAGGCAGAGCAAAGGCUUCGCGGAGGUUGAGGUCGUGAGUACUUCGGGUGUGGGCAAGGCUCGUUUGGUGCGGCGCAUCGGCAAGAACCGGCACGUGCAUGAGGCAGACAUGGCUGGGGAGUUUGCUGGGUUGAUGAAGUUCACUGCCGCCGGGCGGCAGAUUUUGGACGAGACGUUGAAGCGACUCUUUCAGGAGGAUACAUCCUGCACGGGUCAGUCGACCACUUUUACUUUGCCCUGGUGGUUGGAGCCCGUGCAGAGGGCUAGCCUUUGCGACCUUUUACAGUACAUGGCGGAUGAGGGUGUGUCCAUUCAUGUGGCAAUGGGCUUCGGUGGAUGGCACGAGGUGAACACGCCACAAGAUCUUCAGAGGGCUUGGAAUGACACCGCCCUCUUCCUCUCCGCAGAAGACACCCGUGAACAGGUCAAGGCCAUGGGCUCUUGUUUGUUGAGCGAAGCGAACGACCUCAAACGGCCCUUGCCCAUUGUGGCCAAGGAGCUGAAUGUAAGCUUGGAGCUCUUGGAGUGCUUGUUGCAAGGGAACCUGGAAGUCAGUGAUGCCUUCGACGUGAUACGCAAGAUGAGUGAGGUCUAUGCCGUGCCCUUGAAUGAUCUUUGGUUGGAUGCAGACGACACCAACUGCGGCGUCCGGUGCUUCUCCUUGGAGGCCGCGGAAUCUUCCAGCCGUGUGCUGGACCGGCAGGACAAGUCGGGCCAUCGGACGCCCUACUAUGAGUACCGCGACUCGGCCAUGAGUCGAUGCAGCCAGUUCCGGCCCGAGUGGAUCAAGGUCUUGCGCGUGGUAACCAGUGGCGAUCCUCUUGAUCCAGACAUUCAGAUGAAUAAUGGGCAUUUGAUGAUGCAGACGACUCUGUUUAUUGGCCCCGUGGAUUUCUACUGGACCGAUCGUCAUGGACACGUCCAUCGUCGGGAGAUGAAUACCGGGGACAGCAACUACAUCUCGCCCUUUGUUCCGCACAGCUUCUCUGCCAGAGCCGAGUCACCUGAGGCCAUCAUCAUAGCAGUCACUUACGGCGGCGCUGUGCGGUGCGCCUUCCGGGAGGUCUCGCGCGUGGGGGCCACGAAUGUGGGCAAGCUCGCCGGGGACUGGCGUGAUCCGGUCGAAGCGCGGAAGUGUUUGCUGAAGCGUCGCUUGGAUGCGGAGUGUCUUACCUUUCAGGAUUUGGUGGAUCAGCUGAAGAUGCCACCAGGAAGAGUGGAGGAGCUGGUGGCUGGGCAAGAGGCCACGGCGUUGGAGUUGCAGGCGCUGGCGGAGGUGCUACACGUGCGGCUGAGUGAUUUGAUGGUCUGUCCGCUGAAAGAUGAGGAGGAGGUGGUGGUCACCUCCGCGGCUGGCAGCCGCAGCAAAGCGCGAAAGUCGCGCAGCUACGUGCUGGCGCCGCUGGCGCGGACCAGGCAUCAGCCUGAUUUGAAGACCUUCGAACUGGAAGUUUUGGACGCAGCGCAGCCGGGUGAAGGCUUAUCUUGCGGGCUGCACACCUUUGUGUACCACUUUGGCUCCGUUCCGGUGGAGCUAACGUGGGGCAAGGAUUCGGCUCAGCUGUUGCGGCCGGGGGAUUCGGCCUAUGUGGCACCCAUGGUGGAGCAUCGUUUCUCGGUGGUUCCAGAUGCGCAGGCGCUUGCGGUGCGUCGACCAAACCCCAAUGGCUCGGCCCACGGCCUGGGCCGACGGCUCCUCGUGGUGCGCAUCCCGGGGCAAUUGUCAGGCGAGACUCUGGCUGAGUAUGCCACCUUCUCUGCCUUUGGACGUGACCGGGUGGGCGCCGAAACAGUCCGCUGGUACAACUGAGAAGGUGAAAUCACCGAAGGCGAUUUCUGGCACUCCUUGCUCCAAGGCGAUGCAAGGCUACCCACAAGCAAGUGGCCAUCGCGUUCCCCUGAGCGGCAAUUGUGUGGCAUUUAACUUGCAUGUGUGUUGACACCAAGGGCGCCGAGAGCAUAA